AUGACACUAACAAAUUUCGAGGACGAUUACAAUUGCCCAAAGAAAGCCACUCUCGACAGCAAGGGGCACUGUUCUUCUCCAAUCCCCAAUAUUCCAGAGAACGCGGGGUGCACUGCGUAUUGCGAAAUAAAACUUACUCCGAUUUUUGGGCAAGAGAUCCCCUUUGCGGAUGGAUCUUGCCAAAGCUCUACCACUUGCUACAUGUCCACCGGCCAAUCAGUCGUUGUUACAAAUACGUAUACAGUAAAUGUCGAUGUCAGCAUCAAUGCCGGAGAAGAUCCACUCAAGACAUUAACAUCAGCCAUUAACAUUGGCGCCACGUAUAGCUAUAGCAAGUCGGUAGGAUACGAAACAACUGAGGUUCAUAGGAUGCCUUUGAACGCUACCGCAUGCGGUUACUGGACCUUUAUUCCUUAUCUGUUCAAUUCUUGUGGAACUCUCACAACAGCCGCUAUCGGUGAAACCCCAGCCGGGUACUACAAUCAAGAUGAAUCCCCUUACUGCGACAAAAGUUCUCUAUCAGACGUCGCAAACUACUGUAACACCACGCCGCACCAAGAUGCGAAUGGUCACGCCGAUGGGAAGGUUAUUUUUGUCUACACAGAUUGCGACACCAACAUUGCGCUGCCAAAUGGCCAAGAUCCGGCGUAUUGGUUUCCGGGAGUGUCCACAAGCCACCCCUAGUCUUAGUACGAUCAAUUUCUACUUGGAUGAUAUUCAGGGUUGAGAUGUUGAAGACGGGGGUAAGAUCGUAUCGGGAAUGAGUCGUCCAGGGUUUCUAAGUAGGAUUCUGUUGAUGGUGGGGAGGUUGAAUUGCAAAUUAGACUUUCAUACUAUAAAUUCGGAAUUCUAAGCUUCUGCAUGACCUUUUUAUAAGCGAAUAAUGCUCUGUUGACUGACAAAUGUGUGCAACACAGGGCGUAAGAUCUUGACAUCCUAGCGCUGGCUUAGGACUUGAGGUUCGGCACUCGCUUAAGGUUUCUGGGGCUAAUGGGCCUUCAUAAAUUUGCGCCUUUCGAAUCGAAGACAUUUUUGCGGAAGCCCCAUUCUUCGAUUUUCCGAGAAAAUUGUCGUUUCCUAUUGA